AUGAUAGCGAAAUUAAAAAUUAAAGUGGAUGCGACAAAACCAAAAGCGCCACCAAAUUACGGGAAAGCCAGAACAAGUUAUCGUCGAGCUGCUGGUAUCAGUAAACUAGGGAAAAAACAGCCAACCGCAUUAGAUAGAGAAAAGGAUUCAGAAGAACUUAGCUCGAUAAAAACGAAUAAUGAAAAACGAAAAGUAACAUUUUCGGAUAAACCGACUAAGAGACUGAAUAUAGUAAGCUUAAAUGACUAA